UAUGGAAUACUGUGAAAAGGGUAGUUUAUAUCAUUUACUUCGUAAAGAAAAAAUGACUUGGGAUAAAUUUUUCUCUUUUGCUCUUCAAAUGCUCAAAGGUAUUUCAGCUCUUCACAACUCCACUCCUCAAGUUUUACACAGAGAUGUAAAAACAUUAAACUUUUUAGUUAACAAAAACUAUGUUAUAAAAGUUGCAGAUUUUGGUCUCUCUAGAUUCAACACUAGAUCAAAUCAAGUUACAUUAAACAAAACAAGAGGAACAUCAGUUUAUUGCGCCCCAGAAGUAUUUGAAGGAAAAGAAUACUCACAAAAAUCCGAUCUUUAUUCGCUAGGUACUGUAUUUUGGGAAAUGGUUUAUACAGUUAUCAACCAACGUUAUCUUCACCCAUACGCCGAAUAUAAAAAACUUAAUGAAUUCCAAAUUAUGCUUUCAACUGCCAACAAUGAUUUAAGACCAACUCUUCCACCAACAACCCCAACUUCGAUAAGAGCUCUUAUUCAAUCUUGUUGGGAAAAAGAUCUUUCAAAAAGACCAAUUGCAAGCGAAGCUUUUGAUACUUUGGAAAUAAUCCAAAAAGAAUACCAAUCAAAUCAAGCUGCUUGGGAUGAAAUAAUUAAUCAUAGAGAUACUAACUCCACAAGUGAUCAAUCAUCUGAAUCAUCAUCAUUUUCAAACUAAUAGUUUUAUAAAAUCAAGUAACAAUAAUAAUAAUUAAUAAUAGUAAUAAUAAUUAAAAACAAUAAUAUGAUAACAAUAAAUAAUAAUAGUUUUUUUUUUUUUUGGUAAUAUUUAAAAAAAAUAUAAAUGUAAAACUCUUUUAAAAAAAUAAAUAAAUUUCUUUGUAUAUAAAACAAAUAAUUAAUUAAAAAUAAAAUUAAUUAUUUCCUAAUAAUUAUAAAAAUUUUAUU